GCGGCAGGUACGUGUGCUGUGGGAGGUGGUGAUCCAUUUCCUGCCUGAGAAUCAACAGCUGAAGCAGCCGGGUCAGGGUCCUGGGGAGGUGAAAUUCCCUCUCCCAGUUGAGUUCCCAAAGGUGGAGGAGCAAGACCACGAUCAGGACGAGGUGACCCCUCGGCUGAGAACCAGGGGCUGACGGAGCAGGUAGACUCACUGAUGGAGGUUGUGUCCCAUGACCUGGCUGAGAACAACCAGCUGAAGCUGCAGCGCCCUGAUCGGGAGGAGCCGGUGUCCUGCCUGAAGCAAGAGGGGCCGCUCAGGAACAGACUCGACGGGGAGGGGGUCCCCGCACAGCCCGGUCCGUCCCCGCUGCCCUCCGCCUCGGCCCCAGCUCUGCAUCCGCCCGAGCAGGUACACGAGCAGGAGGAGGAGGAGGAGGGGGUGUCCCGUCUUCAGGAGCGAGUCCGUGGGCUGAUGGAGGAGGUGUCCCGUCUCUCGGCUGAGAACCGGAGCCUGAAGCAGAAGAGCCCUGAUCCGGAGGAAGGAACGUCCCGUCUCUCCGCUGAGAACUGGAGGCUGAAGCAGCAGGUACAUGUGCUCCUGGAGGUGACGAUCCAUUUCCUGACUGAGAAUCAACAGCUGAAGCAGCCGGGUCAGGAUCCUGUGGAUCUGAAAUCCCUUCUUCCAGUUGAGUUCCCAAAGGUGGAGCAGCAAGAUGAUGAUCAGGACGAGGUGACCCAUCUCUCGGCUCAGAACCAGAGGCUGAAGGAGCAGGUAGAAGCCCUGACGGAGGUUGUGUCCCAUUACCUGGCUGAGAACAACCAACUGAAGCCGCAGCGCCCUGAUCGGGAGGAGCCGGUGUCCCGCCUGAAGCAAGAGACAGACCGGGAGCGCAGGGCCCGACCGGGAGCCUCCGGAGCCCUCCAAACAGUUAAAAAAAUCCUUUUCGCUUCAGUAGCUUCUCCGUCCCUAGGAGCACAAAAUGGCUACCAGGCUCCCUUCUGA